CUCUAGACUCUAGAGGACAGGGACAAGACGACAAGGCCGCUCUGCACUCCUACUGGCCGGUGGACUGGUGGUCUCCCUCCGCUCCACACCAACCACUCGCCCCCGCUCCCCUCCCGCGGCUCCUCCGGCCGCCGGCCAUGGCGCUCCGCUGCCAGGCGCCGCCCCGCCCCGGCCCCAGACCCAGUUAGCGCCCCCGCCGACCGGGUGUAGAAGCGAGCCCAGAGCUAGGGGGGAGAGGCGACCGGCCGGCCGGCCGUCGGGCGGACGCGUGGUCUGGUAGCCUGUGCUCAGCGCACGCGCACGGCGCCGGCUCGAAAGGUGUACGAGGAGGUUGGAGGCUAGGAGCACGAGGCGGCCGGGAGGGAGGCCCCCCCUUUCUUGGACCUAUCCGCUGCUGGAUCCUCCGCCCGCCAUCUCGCGGUCGAGUGGAGUGGAGUGGAGCGGAGUGCAGGCGGAGAUCUGUCCGUGCGGGCUUUGGCUGGUUCCCCAUCUGCUGCUGGAUUCUGCUCUCCCAUGCCACAGUAUUACAACGUUGAAGGCUUCAAAAGUCUACGGAACUAGAUGAUACUUGCAUAAUGCAGCCCUCAGAUAUUUGGAAGGCGCAUGCAGGUUCAUCGCAGUCAGAGGGUUCAGCUCUGGAUAUGGAGAGAAACGGAUGCAAUCAUAAUUGUUGCCCAUCUCCUCUCCAGCCAAUUGCCUCAGCUGGUCAGCACUCUGAAAGCAGCGCAGCAUACUUUUCUUGGCCUACAUCUACUCUAAUGCACGGCUCAGCUGAAGGCCGUGCUAAUUACUUUGGGAAUCUACAGAAGGGUGUACUACCAGGACAUCUUAGUCGAUUGCCAAGGGGGCAGCAAGCCACCACCUUACUUGAUUUAAUGAUUAUAAGAGCAUUCCACAGCAAGAUCCUGCGCCGAUUUAGUCUUGGUACAGCAAUAGGUUUUAGAAUCAGGAAAGGAACAUUGACUGACACACCUGCCAUCCUUGUGUUUGUUGCUCGUAAGGUUCACAGGAAGUGGCUCAGCAAUACACAGUGUCUUCCAGCUGCCCUUGAGGGACCUGGGGGUGUGUGGUGUGAUGUUGAUGUUGUUGAAUUUUCUUAUUAUGGUGCACCAGCCCCGACACCAAAGGAACAACUGUAUGAUGAGCUUGUUGAUGGAUUGCGUGGUAGUGACCCUAUUGUAGGAUCAGGUUCACAGGUGGCUAGUCUUGAGACCUAUGGAACUUUGGGUGCCAUUGUGAAGAGUCGAACUGGCAAUAAGCAAGUUGGGUUCCUUACAAACAGGCAUGUUGCUGUUGAUCUGGAUUAUCCUAAUCAGAAGAUGUUCCAUCCGCUGCCUCCUAAUCUUGGACCAGGAGUUUACCUUGGUGCUGUUGAGAGAGCAACAUCAUUUAUAACAGAUGAUGUUUGGUACGGGAUCUAUGCAGGAACAAACCCAGAAACUUUUGUCCGAGCUGAUGGUGCAUUUAUACCAUUUGCUGACGACUUUGAUAUUAAUAGUGUCAGCACCUCGGUUAAAGGAGUUGGAGUCAUAGGUGAUGUAAAGGCAAUUGAUCUGCAGUCCCCAAUUGGCAGUCUCAUCGGGAGACAAGUUGUCAAAGUUGGAAGAAGUUCUGGUCUGACGACAGGGACUGUUGUCGCAUACGCUCUUGAGUACAAUGAUGAGAAGGGAAUAUGCUUCUUCACUGACUUUCUUGUCGUUGGGGAGAACCAACAAACAUUUGAUCUUGAAGGGGACAGUGGAAGCCUCAUAAUCUUAACAGGACAAGAUGGUGAGAAGCCACAGCCUAUAGGGAUUAUAUGGGGUGGUACAGCUAACCGGGGAAGGUUGAAGCUAAAAAGUGGCCAGGGUCCGGAGAACUGGACAAGUGGAGUUGAUCUCGGCCGCCUUCUUGAUCUCUUGGAGCUUGAUCUGAUUACGACAAGUGAAGGGCUACAAGCUGCCCUGGAAGAACAAAGGAUCACUCUAGCUGCUGCUGCUGCGGCUGCUAAUUCAACUGCCGCAGAAUCAUCACCUGUUGCUGGUCCUCAAGAGAAUGAUAAAGUUGACAAGAUCUAUGAGCCUCUUGGCAUCUUCCAGCCAAUUCCCCGAGAUGGCUCUGCCACCUCGACGGACCAAGCCAACGAGAAUGUUGAAGAGCAUCAGUUCAUCCCAAACGGGCCAAACCUGAGUGGUAUCUCUCCUACACGUGAUGGUCAAGAAGGCAAUGGUGAGUUGAACAACUUGCCAGACUUGGAAAAUCCAGCUGAUGAUACAAACAUCUGCAUCGGUUUGCAUCUGGGAGAGCGGGAACCAAAAAGGCUACGCUCUGAUUCGACACUGAACAUCGACCUGCAGAAGUGA